AGCAGAUGGCUGGAUAUUUGACUCUAUUUCAGAGUUGGAUAUACGAACAUUUCCCUGGCUUGGGGAGGAGGCGGUUGGUGACUUCUUACGAUGAUACCACACCACGUGCCAUGAGGUGGCAGAGCCCUAGACAGAGUUCCACUCUCGCAGAGAUUCGGUCACAGUUGGAUGCGCUGACAUACAGUGGAGUUGUAUGGCAUCCAUAUGAGGGGCAUCGAGGCAUUCGGCCAUUCUUCGGCAUCUGUAUGUAUUCUGGAUGGAUUCGGAUUGGUGACACCCUUUGGCGUCAUUUGCCUGAGCGUGUGCUGAGGCAAUUUGGGUUUCAGCAAGACAUUCCACGAUCACCGACUACGGUUCCAGAUGCAGAUGUAGUGGCCAUUGAUCAUAUGUGGUUGCACUUCAGAGCUCACGUUAUGACGCGCGACCGGCUCUUGCACCUAGACAACGCCCCGAUGUUCCACGGGAGGCACGACCCCAUCGUAGAUCGUCUCCACCUUCACCAUCUGGCGCCCUGCCUAGAUUUAGGCGAAUGGCGAGAAUGUUACAGUCCUUGAUAUCGUGUCGUCAUGUCACCGAGGGUACUGUUGCACAUCAGGUGUCAGUGGACCUGCUUCAGAUUGCUAAUGAAGGCAUCGACGAAUAUUCCACGCCUAGGAGAGAGCAGAGGCAUGUGCGUGGUAGA